AUGAUAAAUUUAUAUAUAUCGGUACAACAAAAAUGUGGACAAACUAAAACACGACACGUGGAUUAUAUUAAUCUCUUAUACUCAUUCAUACCAAAAAAUAUAUCUAAAACACUAAAAAAAAAUGUUCUUCAUCUUGACUCGAUUUUCUCACCUCUCUCAAACGUCUCUCACUCUCGAUUCUCAGACUCAAGCUCUCUCUUCUCUCCCACUUCCACUACCACUAGCCAACUAGAGUCUCUCUCAGUCUCACUCGAGUCUCGUCUCAGUCACACUCGCCGGCGUCUCGCCUCGUCACCAGGGUCUCAACGUCUCGCGGCCUUCCCUGGGCUCAUCGUCGUCGGCGACAGAAGCAACUCGUCGGGUCGUCGUCGCUCGUCGUCUUCUGGUUUCGGGACCUCGCCGUCGCCGAGUCACUGCGUUUCAGGUAUUUCUAGGAAUUCUUUGCACAGGAGGCGCGCCACUGGUGAAAAGGUGGUUUGGAGAAAGAAGAGAAAGUUCAAUUCUGACAUUGGCGUACAUGGCCAAGCAAAUUUUCCAUCAUUUGCAACUCAUCGAGAUGUUCAUCCACCACCACCUAUGCAUUUGUUUCAAGGUGUUCUUUCCAAGGGCACUAUGCUAACUUACAACCAAGUCAUGGAAGUUGCAAAAAAUUUCAGAAGGAUAGUACUGAGGACUCAAACCAUCGUUCAGGAUCAAAUGCAUCAGGCAAUAAGCCUUUCUAUAACUUCUUAGAAGUUAAGGAUCCAGAGUGGGGGAAGGAUGCACCUGGAUCACAUCACGUGCGACGCGAAGCAGGACGCUACGGCCUUUGAUCUUAGCUUGAAGCUUUGAUUCUAGCAGGAAAUCAUGAAGCAGUGACAAUGGCUAUGAUGAGUAUGCAUUUAUAAUGGUUUUCUGCUUGAAAUCCAACAAUGUUAACAAGUUAAGAAAAAGUGAAUAGUUUUCUAGUCUUGGUUGAGGCCAAGGUAACUCAGAAUUAAAGAUAGAAAGGACUUGUUACAUUGGAGAUAGGGCUGCACAUGGAUCGGAUAAUAUCCGCAUAUCCGUGAUAAUUAUCCGCAUCCGAUCUGAAUUUUGCGAAUAUUAUCCGAUCCGCACUAUGGUAGGAUCGGAUUGCGGAUUUGGCAG